GGGGGGGGGGGGGGAGAGAAGAUAGACCCCGCCCAGCAGGAAGAGUAUCCACCACUUGCUCUUUUCCAGCCUCCUGUUUAAAUACACUUGCGCCAGGAAGGGAACAGCAAUGCUCACUCCCUUGUGAGGUUAAUGACUGAUUAUGUGCCCAACCAACCCUGCAGGCUGAAAACGGUUUGCUUAAACUGAGUAUUCUCCAACCUUUUCCAAGAGUGAAUCCUGUGCAAUUAUUUUUUGUUGCAGAAGCACCUAUGAGUUUCAAUCAUGCGCCAGGCCUCCAUUGUGCUAGGCCCGGGGUUGUGCAAACACAAACCAAGUGGGCAGUUCCUGCCCCAAAGAGCUGCCAUCCUAGAGAGUGUGUCUCUUGGCCGCUCCCCUCCCACUGGUGAUCAGAUUGUGUCCCUGCAGCAAUUGCUGCCAUGGGAAAGAUGCUAGGAGUGGGUUUGAUGAGUUUAGCUUCGUUUAUUGCAAUGUAUCAGCUGGAAAGGAGGAGGAGCCAAUGCGAUGUGACCAGCCUGUUCUCAGCUACUCCUUGGACCGCAGUCCCAGGAUGCACCUGGCCUGGCUGCCAUCUGUCUCUCGUGUUAUCGGUAAGGCCCUGUUAAAUCACGGUUUCAGGGACUGCAUGGAAAUUGUGAAAUUAGCCCAAUAUUGUGAUUUUUUUCCAGUAAAGGGGGAAGACUGAAGUGGGGAUGGAACAACUCACAGUAAUGGGGUGCAGGCUGGGCUGGUUUCAUCAAAUGACACUGUCUAUCCAGCUCAGGCUGUCAUUAGAGCUGCCUGCCUGGCCAGCAGGGAGAGGGGAGCCCAGCUGACAAUGCUGCGGUUAGGAGCCCUGGCCCUGCAGCAGGCCCAGGGGAGACACGGCAAGGGCUGAGCCCAGGAUCUGCCACUGGGUGCAUGAGAUGGUGUAUUAGGGGGCCCUGCCCCAGUGCUGGGGAGUGGGGUGGAAAGAUGGAUUCCAGACUCACCUCCACUCUGCCAGGGCAGGGCCCCCUCACGCACCUGGUUGUGUGCCAAGUGCAGAUCCUAGUCUCAGCUGCUGCAGUGUUUCCCUGGGCCCGCCAGGGGCUGCUGUAGGUUGAGACAGUCCAGGGCUCCUAAGCACCAUGUGUUAUCAGUGCUGUCCCCUUCUCCCCACCAGCCAGGCAGGGAGCAGCAGCUGCAGCCUGGACCGAGAUGGGCUUGGACAGCUGGUGCCGUGUGGUGAAACAGCUGCACCGGCCCACCAUCGUACCUUGCUCCUCAGUGUAGGACUGACCUGUCGCCUACCCCUAUGAGUAUCUGUGGCUUCAGGCGGGAAGUGGAAGCCAGAAUGCCUGCUUCCAUCGCCCCAUGGGGAAAAUUGCUGCAGUUUGGGGCAGGGAAAGGGGAGACUUGGCGGUUGUGCCUGUCCUGUGAAAUUCAAACAUUGAGCUGUGACAAACACCCUGCAAUUUAUACAGGGCCUUAGUUACAGUGGCCAGGCCUUCAUUCCUCCUUUCUUUUUCUCUUCUCUCAUCCUCAUUUCCUGCAAGCAGCCUCUGCAAUGAGGAGACCUAUGGUGCUGGCCAAUGGUUAGCUUUCAGAGCCCUGGGGUUGUGAAGGGAAGAGGUGGGGGCUGGCUCUGGAUAGCUGGGGACAGUAGGGUUUUAGGUAUCUCAUUGCUACAGGGAGGGGGUGGGACCUGUCAUUUCAUUGCACAGCAGAGAAGUGGGCAGAAGACAGGACCUCUGGCUGGUGGAAAGGGGGAGCAGGGACACACACAGCAACUGAUCUUUUCCCUUGAAGCUCUUGGGAAAGAUUCCCAGCUCAGUGUCUUUGAGACUCAGCAGGAGCUGUCCCAGGAUCAAGGGAGAUUAGCCUCAGCUGCAGUACCAAGGAAUGGCCAUGGGGUGUUGCUGCCUCUUCAAUGCUGAAGGGCUGGGAGCUAAGCAAGGUGAAGGCUCCCCUGGGUUUGCUACCCAAUGGCCUGACCAAUCCCUCCACUGCUUGCUCUCAUCCAAGCACCCUGUGGCUGCAUCUCUUCGCCCCUUGCUUUCUGUCUAAUGCAAUCGCCUCUUGCUUCGGCCACAGCCCCACUGGCUGCUCUCCCUGCUUCUGUUGCCUCACAGUAAUGCUGGGACAUGGGUGCAGCGGGCGCUUGGGUACUCUGGGCACCUGUGCCUGUGUAGUGCCCUCUGUGUGGCUCAGGGCCCAUCCAGGCCAGAUGCACCUAUCAGCCUGUGUUGUGAUCAGGCAGCAGGGCUGGAAAUACCUGCAGCCCUCAUCUGGGAUGUUGGCCUGCAUUGUGAGUGCUUGUAAAGUGCUUUGAGAUCCCCCUGCAGCCUGGGCCUCCGCUCCCUCCAGCUGGAAGCUGUCCUGUUUCUCCAGCUGGUUGCUAUGCACUGGUUGCUAGGAUACUGGCUGUGACUGGGCAGGCCUGCACAUUCCUCCAGCGAGCUCCUAACCCUGCCCAGCGCCUGCCAGGACCUUGUCAGAGCAUUGCCUGGGGCAGCUACUGGGCAGCCUGCCCCCCAGAGAUCCAGCCCUCCCUCCACCAUGGGGCGCCUCCCCCUGGGCGGUGUCUCGCCCUAUGUGAGGACCAGCGCUGGUGGGAGCGUGGACCCUCUGAAGUUCUACGCCACCAGCUACGGCACGGCUUACGGGCAGGAGAGAUUCCAUCCUCGCGUCGGCCACCACUCCGGAGCCGGGUACAAAUCCAAUUACCGGCCUGUCAUCUCUUACAAGGCCAGCCUGGAUCAAGUGGAUAAUCCAGCUGUGGGACAGCUCCUUCAAGAUAACUAUGACACAGUGACCACCAAGCACUUCCGGCCCCUCCAGCUUCCCGAUGGCAAGUACCCCCUGCCCUGGAGCGUCUACCAGCCGGGGAGCGGGUUUGUUCGAGACAAGCCCAUUUCCUUCCCCACCACCAAAGCCGUUAAGAAAGUCCACUUCAAUACGCGGGACCAGGGGCCGCGAGCCAUCACAGGGCUGGAGCCCAGACAACUCCCUGUCCUGCACAAGCCACAGGGGAAAGGCUCCGUCGAGGGGGAGAACGCCAGACACGGCCCUCUCUACAUGUCCACAGAGUAUAACUCCAAGUUCCGCUUCGACGGUCCCAGCCAGCCAGAUUUCUUACAGAGGAAGACGAUAGGAGCCAAGGAGGAGACGGGAUUCACUGAGGGCACCCAGCGGAACCCCAUUGCAAUCCUGCCACCUCCUCCGGGAGAGCCAAGGAGCCAGCCUGGCAUCAGCAUCACCAAGACGGACUUCCUGCCCAGCACUCUCCCCCAUGGCGAUGAGUUCCUGCCUGUGCUGUCAAAGGGCUCCGAGCGAGAGACGGGAUUCAGCCGGGACAAAGGCAAUGGCCUCAGUGCCAUGGGUCCGCUGCAUGCAGCACCCCAGCCUGGGGCCGAGAGAUCAGAGCCCCUGAGCCACGCUCAGUUCCGAGGGCUCCAGAGGCCCCUGCAGACCCAGACCAACCUGCUGGGCCGGGAGUACGUGGGGAACAAGGAACUCUCCGGAUUCAGCAUCAACAACAAGAAGUAUGUGACACCUCCCUAUGACCCGGACUUGCCCAACAAGUACCUGAGCAGCUACAACUCCAAGUUUUAUGACAAUACCCUCAAGGGGGUGGACCGUGAAGGAUGGACCCGCGGAGGAAUCCAACCCCAACAGCCAGGCGGCUUUGCCACCAAUAACCACGUCACUGAACUGGGCAGCGACCCCAAUGCCACGGAGACCCUGAGACGGGUCCAUCCCCAUGUCGGCAGGACAAUCACAACAGUGGACCCGUUCUAUUGCGACACCCCUCACGACAGCCGCUUCUCUGCUCUUUACCAAACCGUCGUACCUGAGUAGAUCUGUGCCUCCACCCUGCAGGAGCUGGUCUCCUCCGGCGAGGCAGGGACUCCAGGGCUGGUCUCCCUCGGUGAGGCAGGGACUCCAGGGCUGGUCUCCCCCGGUGAGGCAGGGGCUUCAGCAUCUCCCAACGGUCUUUACUUCUCCAAGGAUAUAAAGAGAAAUCAUCACCCAGUGAAGGCUCAUUGGUUCUCAGUGGCCUAGCUGCCAGCCCCCCACCCCUUAGAUCCCACAGACCUCUCCUCCCCAUGGCCCCAUAAAUUUCUCCUCUUCCCCAGGGACCCCAGGGGCCCCUUCCACCCCCGUUCCCUGCUGUUCUCACAGGGGAGCCCUCUGCUGUGCGAGCUGACCCCAGCUCUCAUCCCACACAUAGUGGAACCCAUGUGCUGCCAUGGGAGCUGGAUGGGGUCUUUGCAUCUGAAGGAUCAGCUGGUGCCUCCUGGCAGAAAGGGGAGCACAGCCCUUCCCCAGCACCUUGCCUGCUCUGGCCUCGGGGGGUGAAGUGCCAGGGCAUUCCUGGGCCCUGCAGUUCCAUUGUUUUGGCAUUCGGGCCCCAUCCUGCACGGUGCUGAGCAGUGGGAGAGGAGGCAGCCUGGCAUCGCACAGGAUCAGGCCCUUUGACUUGAGACAGGAAACUGGGCUCUGUGUGUGCAGCAGUAAAUGGAGUUAACCAUUAGACAUGUGCUGCAGCCACCUGGGCUACCCCAGCUCACCCCAGGGUCUCUGCAGGGCCUGGCACUGUCCCUGCAGGGCCCUGGGGCUGUUACCGUGGGGCCUAGGGAUGUUCUCACGGGGCCUGGGAGCUUUCACCGGCACCAGGGUUGCCUUGAUUUGGCCAUUAAAUCAUCAUCCUCAAUGGAACAAGGCUCAUUUACAGCAGUGGAGGAGCUGGUGAUUUGUUCUUCAAACGUAGCCCUGUUGCUAAGGCCACCCAAGACCCAGCGGAGGCUGCUGAGCUCUGGAGACGGGGGACUGAACCUGCCCUGCAGAGGCACGCUGAGAACCAGUGAGGCUAGGUCACUCUGUAAUGUCCCCCUGCCUGCUCGGCAGAGUCUUCACUCAACGGCUGCUCUCCAGACUUAAGUCCAGGGCCCUGCACUGACUCCAGCUGAGUAACUCUGGGUUUGCCUGGCAGGAUCCCCCUCUGCCUGGCUGUUUCUCUUUCACAGCUCAAUCGCAGUGCUGUUUGUGAUGGUGGAGGCAGCUGUGUGGUGAUGCUGCUUGGCUCAGGUGCCCCAGCAUGGCGGUAAUGCCAUCCCGCUCAUGCACGUAUGUUAGGAACUGACUGGCGAGCUUUCCCUUGUGCCCUGAAAGGAGCAGCAUUUGGCCCAGCAGCACUGUGGCGGUACCCAGAUGGGAGAGGGGUAAUAGCAGAGCGAUGGGCUGGAAUUGUCUCGUCAGCUGCUAGCUGGUAACUGUUAAUAGACAAUCUGACACACCACUGCGUUUCCUCCCGGUCCUGUCACACUGUGCAUCUACACAUGCUGCAUUUAAGGACUCUCUUCCUACUGCUCCCCUCCCCAUCCCAAACAGCUGGCAGCUCGAUUCCCACACCCUCAGCAUGUCCCAAAUUCACCGGCACCACAUGGGGUGAUGUACAGGUAAUAGGAUCUUUUCCCAUGCCCCAUAACCUACUGUAUGGGGUAGUGCACACAGAGUAGUCUCCACACUCCCAGCAUGGUGUGAUAGUACACACACAAAGCAGGGUCUCCAGACACCCAGCAUGGUGUGAUAGAUAGAUAGAUAUACACACACAUACGCACCACAUUCCCUGCAUUGUUUGAUGCACUCACAUACCAUAGGGUCUCCACAUUCCCAACAUGGCGUGGUGUACAUGUGCCCACACACAGUCGGAGCUCCACAUUCCCAACAUGGUGUGAUACACACAAAGACAGAGUAGGGUUUCCAACCUCCCAACAAGGUGUAAUGUUAUAUAGAUACACAGUGGGGUCUCAAUUCCCAGCAUGGUGUGAUGCUUGCACAUGCAAUAGGGUCUCGAGGCUCCCAGAUUGGCAUGAUGCACCCACGCACAGUGGGAUCUCCCUGCAUGGGGUGAUACAAGACGUAAGCCUUUUUCCCUGUUUGGUGUAGUAUUGAGCUUUUGGCUCCUGGGGCUGCAAUGCACACCCGCUGCUGCACUCCUGCCCUUGGUCUCACUUUCCGCCCCAAAACAUGAUAUCUCCCUCUUUCCAGCUCUCAUGUUUCUCUCUGGAGGGUAGUUUCAUUUCCUAGGGCAUGUUUCAUGAGCUGGUAUGGGGCCUCUGACUUUGACAACAACGAGCACUAUCAGUGAUACCAAACAAGCCGGCCUCAUGUUGCAGGUAACACUACCUGGCUGCAGCUCUUUCCAGCACACCUGAGCCUGCUGACAGCUGAUCUCCCCCCCACCACACUCUGCAGAGGGGAAAGCUGGGUGGGGGCUGUAGCUUUGCCCAGCAAUCCUGCUACAUCUCACAGCUUCUCUGGCUACAGCUCACUCGGAGCCUUGACUUACCUCAUGUAAUGCUAGAUAUUAAAGGAAACUGCAA